AUGACUCUCGAUAUCCCCAUGUCCCAUACCAAUGGUACGACUCACAGUAACUCCAAUUCCACGCCCGUUUCCCCUAUGACUACUGCUCAACGUCCCGGCUGGAGACACAUCCCGAAUUCCAACUCCUCGCUCGUCUCAGCUACUGCCGCUGGCGUUAAUCCGUACUUCAUGGACGAGGACACUGCCAAUAUCGGAAUCCUCAACGACGAGAUCGUCACGCUCAUCGUCGAUAUGAUGAUGGAGGACGAUGCUAUGCGACACCACCGAUCUUUCGAAUGCCCCAACUUUCAAAAACACUACCCUCUCUUUCGUCUUCGACCUCAUUCGGAGGGUCUUGCCAAGCUUUGCCUGGUUAGCAAACAUAUGCGACACCGGGUGUUGACCAGACUCUAUCGGACGUUGAGGUUUCACGGAGGAGGAGCUGAGGCUCGGGAUGAGUGGGAGCAGUUCAAUGCCCAUAUGACGAUCAAGGAUACCCCGCAAGUACAACUAUCUCAGCCCAAAAUCUACAUCAAAGAAAUCCUCUGCGCCAGACCCGUCUCCAACAAGGAAUACGCCGAGAACCUCUUCAACCUCAUGCAAUCCUGUCGCAACCUCGAGCGAAUCGAUCCCUCUUGCCUCAGUACUCACCAAUUCUUCAAUCAGAAACGCGUUCCCAAUAUCGUCCCUGCUACAGUGACCGAGCUCAGAUGCGUCGGCAUCCAGACCAAGGCCGAGAUCACGGGAUUGGUGGGGAAGCUCCAGCCGAUGUUUAGCAAUAUUGGAAGGUUGCCGAGGAAUGGUGGGAUCAGAGGUCCUUACUGGAAACGAGACGAUUUUCAGCACGUCACCAAGUUGGAGAUCGUGCCGACGUUCUUGGCUUGGACAAAGAUGCAGUUCGCCAACUCCGCUCGCAACAGGUAUGAGGAGGCCGAGAUACCCUAUAGCGACAUUAAAGAGUGGAAGCCGGAGGAGGAUAAUUGGGGAAACUUGGUCGGACUUGAGACCGUCUCGCUCGACUGCAGAGAGGUCGGGUUGUUGCCGAAAUCGGAACAGUAUCUCAGGGAAUACGCGAACGACAGGUUCCGUCUCGAGACCAACUAUGACCACGGCACGCCAAACCCGUACAAGAUGCAGGGGAAGAUGUGGCAGGAGAAGAGGAACAACAACGUGUUCUUCUGGGCGAUGUUGGGUAAUACCCCUCAGUUGCCGGAAUUGAAGAGCUUGGAGAUUGAUUUGGAAUUCAACCCGUGGGCUCCCGAGCCCGAGAAAGGCGAACUGAUUUACGACGAAUGGUACUGGUUGCACGAAUGGAUCAAGCGGUUGAAUGUCAAAGCCCGUACCCUCGUCGUCCGCCUUCACGUCAAAUCGCCCAUCCAAAUGUUCACCGAGAAACGUCGAUCGGACGGCAAGGUGCCCGAAGACCGUGACGCACCGGUAUUCGAGGCUGGGUGGUUGUUGAACAAAUUGCCGAGCGAGGAGAGGAUGAGGGCCGUCUUUGCGGAAUUCAACCGGUUCAAACCGACGUCGGGACCACUUCCCUGGAAGUACCUCGACGUUCAGCUCGUCGCGGAAAGGUUCCCUCGCUCGGAGAGGCAGAUCGUCCUCCUGAGGGAGUGGAAGAUUAUCAUGAACGAACAUACCAGAAAGCUCGUCGAGAGCGGCAAGUCGAGCAUGGUCGUUCACGACACCAGCUUCCUCGAGUUUGCCGACCAUUUCAACACGCUCACUUGGUCGGAGCGACUCGAGAGACGCCUUCAUGGUAUCCCCACCAACUUGGUCGGGCUGAUCUAG